GUCAUAAUAUGUACUUUGGAUAAACAGGUUGACUACUAUUUGUAGUAUUUUGAUUCAUAAUUAUUUUGGAAAUGUCACAAAAUUGUUCGAUCCAAUAACAUCCAAAAAGUGCACAACAACUACAGAAGAGAAGUCGCAAAGAGCGCCGAAGGCUCGCUCAAAUCCGAGAUGAGAUUGCUGAACAGAAGUGUCUUCUGGAACUUGACCAAAUGCUCCAUCAAAGCAAAUCAAAGUUCGAAUGUUCUUGUCAAGCUGCUGCCUGCCAGCUAUGGGAGCAAAAGUUCCGAGCAGCCGCAAAGGCGGCUAAAUACGGCACCAAAGCAGAAUCUUUUGAAAUACCAUGUCUUGCCUCUGGAUGAAACUCUGGACCGUUUCCUGUGCAGUGUUCAGCCUCUGCUGACGCCGGAAGAGUUUGAGCAGCAAAAGGAAAUAACGGAGGAAUUUAGAGACAAAGAGGGCGAUCAGCUACAAGCGUUGCUUGAGGAGGCGGGUAAAAAAGAGUCCAACUGGCUGGCGGGUCGCUGGCUGAAGUCGGCCUAUCUGCAAUAUCGUGAUCCGGUCACCGUCUAUGUGAGUCCCGGCAUGACAUUUCCAGCACAAAAGUUCUAUGAUAAACGUGCCUUCGUUAACUAUACGGCCAAAGUGAUCUUUGGCCUCGGCGAAUUUAAAGGCAUUGUAGAUACUGGUAAAAUACCAGUUGUCAAGAUGGGCAAAAAUGAGCUGGAUAAUAGUCAGUUUGGCAAGGUAUUUGGAACCUGUCGUAUACCACGACGUGGCACGGAUGAGAUUGUAUAUAAUCCCUGUUCCAAACAUGUGGUGGUCAUCUAUAAAAAUCAUUUCUACAAAUUGAGCCUGUACGACAAGAACGAUAAACUGUUGUCUGCUCCAGCGCUGGCCAAACAGUUGGAUAUAAUAAUGAAUGCGGAAAACGAAAUUGGUAUACCCUAUGGCAUCCUCACCACAGACUCGCGCGACAAUUGGGCUGAGGCCUAUGGGCAUCUGGUCGCAAAUCCCCAAAAUAUGGAGGCCGUUCAAACAAUACAGACUUCGCUAUUCACUGUUUCCUUAGAUGAAUGCGUUUCAUUCAAGCCCGAUGACCAGGCCAAUGAACUGAUCCUGUCGCUGAUUCAUGGUGGAGGUAGCAGAGCGAAUAGCGGCAAUCGUUGGAUGGACAAAACCAUUCAACUAGUGGUCAAUCCAAAUGGAAACGUUGGUUUCACCUACGAGCAUUCCCCAGCUGAGGGGCAGCCCAUUGCCAUGAUGAUGGAUUAUGUGGUAAAGAAAAUGAGCGACGACAAGAAGUUUGGUGAAUGCGGCUCCUCUGAGGCUGGUGAUAAGCCACAAAAGAUCAAAUUCUGUCCACUAAACGAAUGCGUUGGGCAAUGGAUAUUCUAUGCUAAACGUAAUGUCGACUUCCUUGUUCAUGAUCUGCAAAUGAAAGUGCUAAAGUUCGAUGCCUAUGGCAAGGAAUACAUCAAAAAUAAGCGCCUAGGUCCGGAUAGCUAUGUGCAGAUGGCCCUACAGCUGGCUUUUUACAAAAUGCACAAGGAACCCGCUGCCCAAUAUGAAUCAGCGCACCUGCGUAUUUUCGAGAAUGGACGCACGGAAACAAUACGCUCCUGCUCGAAUGAAUCGUUAGCCUUUUGCAAGGCGAUGAGCAGCGAAAAUGCAUCUGUGGAGAUGCGCGCCAAACUGUUACGUGAGGCGGUCAGUAGUCAUCAGGCGUAUACUAGACUGGCGCUCCAGGGACGCGGCGUUGACCGUCAUCUGCUGGGUCUGAAGUUGAUGGCAUUGGAAAAUAAGAUGCCAGUACCCAGAUUCUACUCGUCUGUGGGCUAUAAAAAGUCCAUGCACUAUCGUAUGUCCACGUCACAGGUGGCCACAUUGUACGAUGCCUUCAUGGGCUACGGUCCGGCCACACCUGACGGCUAUGGCUGUUGUUAUAAUCCUCGCGAAUGCGAUAUUAUACUCGCAAUCUCUGCGUGGAAAUCAAAUCCUGAUACGGACCCGGACAAGUUUGCACAGACACUAACAAAAGCUUUUCUCGAAAUGGAGGCAGUUCUUGACAAGGAACCCAAGAAGUCCAAACUGUAGUGCCCAAAAAAAUUAUUUUUUACACUGUUGCUUAAAUUUCAAGUGCAAUUAAAGUCCCGCCCGUAUUUUAAUAAUAA